AUGCACGCACUUUUCAUUGCCUGCAUGAUUCUGACCUGGGCCUUGGUGGCACGAACUGAAGAACCGAAUCGUCUCGUCAAACUGGAUCCGGUCAUUGACGAUUUGCCGGAGUGGAUGUUGCGGAGACGACGAGUUGCAGGCACACGCAAGUGCGGUCCAAGGAUAUUCGAUACGAUCAAGGCGGUGUGCGGAGGAUUUUGCACCAUAUGUAAGUUAUCACACUUGCCCCGUUUCAAAUUCAAAAAUCUCUUUCGUUUUCAGUUAGCGGAGAAGCAAUUGGAACGCACUGCUGCACGAUUUCGUGUGACGAGGAGUACCUGAGAAAAGUGUGCUGUCCAAAGGAUUGA